GGGCGCGCGGGGCACUGGGCAUGCGCGCGCCGUUCAGCCCUGUCCGUUACCUGUCGUCGUCGGCGGCGGGAUGGAGGGGCUCAUCGAGCUGGUGAACCGGCUGCAGGACGCCUUCGCGGCGCUGGGGCAGAGCUGCCUGUUGGAGCUGCCGCAGAUCGCCGUGGUGGGCGGGCAGAGCGCCGGCAAGAGCUCGGCGCUGGAGAACUUCGUCUCCAGGGAUUUCCUUCCUCGAGGAUCUGGAAUUGUAACAAGGCGACCAUUGGUUCUACAGCUUGUCACUGCCAAAACAGAAUAUGCCGAGUUCCUACACUGCAAAGGGAAGAAGUUUACAGAUUUUGAUGAAGUUCGUCAAGAAAUUGAAGCAGAAACAGACAGAGUAACGGGACUGAAUAAAGGCAUUUCUUCAAUUCCUAUUAAUUUAAGAGUGUAUUCCCCGCAUGUGCUAAGCCUGACCCUUGUUGAUUUGCCUGGAAUCACUAAAGUGCCAGUAGGGGAUCAACCUUCAGAUAUAGAGCAACAGAUCAGAGACAUGAUUAUGCAGUUCAUUUGUCGUGAAAACUGUCUGAUCCUGGCUGUGACUCCAGCCAACACUGAUCUUGCCAACUCAGAUGCAUUGAAGUUAGCUAAAGAAGUAGACCCUCAAGGCCUGAGAACCAUUGGUGUAAUCACAAAACUGGAUUUGAUGGAUGAAGGAACUGACGCAACAGAGAUUCUGGAGAACCAGUUGCUCCCUCUUCGUAGAGGGUAUAUUGGAGUUGUAAACAGAAGUCAGAAAGACAUUGAUGGGAAGAAGGAUAUUAAGGCAGCCAUGCUGGCAGAAAGGAAAUUCUUCCUUUCCCAUCCAGCUUACAGGCAUAUGGCAGACAGGAUGGGAACACCAUAUCUGCAGAAAGUUCUAAAUCAGCAACUCACCAAUCACAUUCGAGACACACUGCCAGCCUUCCGGAGCAAACUUCAGAGCCAGCUGCUUUCUAUAGAGCAUGAAGUAGAGGCAUAUAAAAACUUUAAACCAGAAGAUCCGACUAGAAAGACUAAAGCCUUACUGCAGAUGGUUCAACAGUUCUCAGUGGACUUUGAAAAAAGAAUUGAAGGAUCAGGGGAUCAAGUUGACACAUUAGAACUAUCUGGUGGUGCCAAAAUCAAUCGUAUUUUCCAUGAGCGUUUUCCUUUUGAACUAGUAAAGAUGGAAUUCAAUGAGAAAGAAUUGCGGAGAGAAAUAAGCUAUGCAAUCAAAAACAUACAUGGUAUCAGAACAGGUUUGUUUACUCCAGACAUGGCCUUUGAGGCUAUAGUUAAAAAACAGAUAGUGAAGCUGAAAGGGCCUUGCUUAAAAAGCGUGGAUCUGGUGAUGCAAGAGUUAAUCAACACUGUCAAGAAAUGCGCUAAAAAGCUGGCGACCUAUCCAAGGCUAUGUGAGGAAACGGAAAGGAUUGUUGCUGGCCACAUUCGAGACAGAGAGGAGAAGACCAAGGAACAGGUACUGCUGCUAAUUGAUAUCCAGGUAUCUUACAUCAACACCAACCAUGAAGACUUCAUUGGCUUUGCAAAUGCCCAACAACGAAGCAGUCAGGUUAACAAAAGUGCAGUUGGAACUCAGGGAGCCAAUCUACCGCCUUCACGGCAAAUUGUGAUCCGGAAAGGCUGGCUCACCAUCAACAAUAUCGGCAUCAUGAAAGGGGGGUCCAAGGAGUACUGGUUUGUUCUGACUGCAGAAAGCUUGUCCUGGUAUAAAGAUGAUGAGGAAAAGGAAAAGAAGUACAUGCUUCCCUUGGACAACCUGAAAGUGCGGGAUGUUGAAAAGAGCUUCAUGUCUAGCAAACAUAUUUUUGCCUUGUUUAACACGGAGCAAAGGAAUGUUUACAAGGAUUAUCGCUUCCUUGAGCUGGCCUGUGAUGCCCAGGAGGAGAUGGAUAGCUGGAAGGCAUCCCUACUGCGAGCUGGUGUCUAUCCUGAUAAAUCCUCAGGGAACAACAGAAUGGAAAACGAUGAGAACAGCCAAGCAGACAAUUUCUCCAUGGACCCCCAACUGGAGAGGCAGGUGGAGACUAUUCGCAACCUUGUGGACUCCUACAUGUCUAUUAUCAAUAAGUGUAUUCGUGAUCUGAUACCAAAAACAAUCAUGCACCUUAUGAUCAACAAUGUAAAAGAAUUCAUAAACGCAGAGCUCCUGGCUCACUUGUAUUCCUCUGAGGACCAAAACACCUUGAUGGAGGAGUCAGCAGAACAGGCUCAGAGGCGAGAUGAGGGGCUUCGCCUGUACCAAGCCCUAAAAGAAGCACUGGCAAUCAUUGGAGAUAUUAGCACUAGCACUAUAUCUAUCCCUGCCCCACCUCCAGUUGAUGAUUCGUGGCUACAGCAAUCCCGGAGAUCACCCCCUCCAAGUCCUUCAACUCAGAGAAGACCUACAUUAAAUAAUCCCCCAACCAGACCUUUAUCUGGCCGAGGACCUGCUCCAGCAGUCCCAUCACCAGGCCCUCUGUCCGGGGCUCCACCGGUCCCAUUCCGUCCAGGACCAUUACCUCCAUUUCCUAACAACAGUGAAGGCCUUGGGACGCCACCUCAGGUUCCAUCUCGGCCAACGCGGGCUCCUCCCAGUGUUCCAAGCCGAAGACCACCCCCUUCACCCACUCGACCCACUGUAAUUCGUCCGUUAGAUUCAACCCUGUUAGAUUAAGUGAAGUUUCUGGCAUGUCAUUAAUUGCUAACCAAAUGUAUGGAAGCAACUCGCUUGAUAACUGUUGCAAUAACCAAGGUAUAGUCGCAUGUAUGGACAUCGGUAGGCAAGUAACCGAUUUUACUAAUAUACUCUGUCCAUUCUGUAUUGCUUAUGAGAUCUGAAAUGUCAUGGGAAGGUCUGUGUUGCCUUGACUUUCCCUCUUGCAAACAGCUGAUUUCUUAGCUAGUAUAUUGACAUAUAUAUUAAUUCAGGCACUUGAGUGUUCCCAGUUCUAUACAAUCAAAUGGGGGCUUGCCGUAUUGUGUGUUUGUGUUGACCGAGUGCUUAGAGUUUGCCUCUUCCCCAUUUCAAAGGGACAUCUUGUUUUUAUAAGUAGCUUCCAGGUUUCUCAAAAAGAAAAGGAGUACUUGUGGCACCUUAGAGACUAACUCGUACAGUUCCAGGUUUCUGCGUCAGAUUGUUUAAAGAAAGGCUUCCUAUAAUUUGGGAUUAUAGUUAUACACAUUUCCUUCCUUAAAUGCCAACUGGGCUGAGAGAAACAAUGUUGUCUGUAAUUAAAAUCUCCUGCACGCCCCAUAAUUACACAUGUCCUCAUGUCUCUUUCACAAGCCUGCUGGAUGGUUACUUUUACUAUAAUUUCUCAACAUCAGAAGCCUCUAGUUUAUGAAGAACGUUGCUAAGGAAAAUAAGGCCAUAUAUGGUCUGAUGGGCUCUGCUCUGUGUGUCCCUCUUUAGAGGCCAAGGGGGAGUCAGUCUUCUCUUUUAGUAACUGGUAAGAGCCAGAUUCUGACCCCCUUGCUCACAUUGGAUAGUAUUUCCUCACAUGAGCAUUCCCACCAAACUCAAUGGGAGCAUGAGUGUAAACAUAACACACCAUGAGUAAGGUGUCAGAGUCUGGACUAAGUGGGUGGUAUAUUUGGCAUUUCAGUGUGAGAAAUUGGAACAGAUUGGAUAUGUGAAUGUCUGUAACUGAGCCACCAAUUCCUUACCCACUAUUUGAAUGAUAUUUUGACCAAAGUCACAGAGUUCAGAACUGAAUUUGGAUCUGAGCUGAGCUUUCUCGGUAGUGAGUGCUGUUUGGAUCAAGGAUUUUGGUUGAAGCUGAUCUCUCUUUUCAACCAUUAUUAAAACCCUCAGACAAAAUUACACUGUGUAAAGAUUUUGCAUUUUCAUUCAUUGAAAUCCCCGGUGGCUUGGUACGAUAGUUCCUUUAUCCAACUAAAAAAGUGAGAAGUGAUCAGCUGUAUAUCCUGGAGAUGUGUUAUUUUAACAGCUGUUCAUUUUCAAGUGUCCUAUUGUUUGUUGUUGUUUACAAAAAGCUUUAUCUUAACUAGUUAACUUGCCAUUUUAAAUAGAUCAGGAAAUUUCCCUCCCAGGUAUAGAACAAAUGAAGUGGACAGAAUUAAACUAAUUUGGCCUGAUGUCUUCAGAAAGUAUUUGUUGUUAUUUUAUUAUAGUUACAGUUCCUAAGGGAAGGCAGUUGGUGGUUAUGAAGGCCAUCGCUGUAAUGAAUCAAUCUAAUGAAUUCGUGUAUUGAAGCUGUAUGUGGUGCUACAGUAUCUCAGUGGUUGGGAGGGAUCCUGUCAGAACCACAACCAGUGGGAAUUUUGCCUGUUAAAUAUUCCCAGACUGCUGAUUAAAUAAUAGCUGUGUCCACCACUGAAGCAAAUUGGGAAAGUAGCGUGAUUUGUAUAUUAGUUUAAUUUCCUGUCAACCUUAUACUCAGAACACACACCUAUAGAGUCUAGAGGUCAGUGUUUUAAGCAGUGCAAAGAUGGACUUCGGCACGUUGCUGAUCUUAGUGAAUUGCUAAAAUGGCCAAUGUUAAUUUGAAGAACAUGCUAAAAUACUCAACAACAAACUUAUAAAAUCAUCUUUAAAGUAAAAAGAAAUUGCACCUUCUAAAUUCAGUUGUGCUGUUUUGAAUUAAGGGAAAGUAAAAGAUUAUAUUUCAAUGAUGUUUCUAUGCUUUCCACUCUUUUAGUAUUCUGUAAUUUAAUAUGUAACAUGUUAUUUAUUAUAGAUAUUUAUAUGGUACUAUAACAGUAAGUGUAUGCUCUACAGGCAAAACUUCUGUAUUUAUUGUCUCCAAGUUUUAAUUUGCAGCCAACUUCUAUUAUAAAGCCCAAUUUUAGCACCCUUUUAACUUUGACUUUGGAAACUGAUUUGGCAAAAAAAAUUGAAAUUUUUUUUCAAAAAACACAGGAGAAAGUGUCUAGUUAAAUCUGCUUGAGACAGCUACAUUUUAAAGAAAAUAGACUGAAGUUAAGCCAAGUUAUUAAUAGUUUUUGUUGUGGAUAAAUCUUAAACUGCCCACAUAUUGCCUGAUUCUGAAUUCAUGUACACUUUUGUAAAUCUAUAGUAACUCCACUGAAGUCAUUGGAGUUACAGCAGAGUAAAUUCUGCAUAACUGAGAUCAGAAUCAGGCCCAUAACAUAUUGGGCCUAAUUCUCAAUUGCCCUGUAUUUUUGUAGUCAUUUACUUCAGCACAAAGUGGGUAUAAAGAAAUCAGAAUGCGAUAGCAUCUGACACACAGUUUGCACUGAAGUAAAUGGCUACAAAAUGAAGAGAAUUGGGCUUGUUUUUAUCACUCACUAAGAAAUGCAUAUUUCAUCACAGAACAGCAACCUUAAAUCUGACCCAAAAUAAAGAGUAUUCUUUCAUCAGUAAUCUCAAAAUAUAAACAAUACAAAACUUUUCUGGAAGGAAGCACAGCAUUUAUAUAUGUGCGCAUUAAUCAGCCUCAAGUGCAAAUCCACAUACUCUGAUAAUUUUACCUUAAGUUGAUAGUUAUGCAUUUUUCAGAGUAAACUAUGUUUCUCAAGAAAAAGCAAUUCUAAAUACUUUACCAAAAAGGUCUACCGCCAGCUGAUACAGAUUGAUCUUAUAAUCAUAGUUCAUGUUUAUCAGCAUGACAAUCUGUGGAACUGCACUCUUCAUUCCUACUCACCCUGAUUACGUUUAGUUUCGCCUCCCCCCCCACCCCAAGUUCUUACCAGAAACGUUCCUGGCAGCAGCUCACUCUGUGCUGGAAGGACAGCUGGGCAACUCGCCAGUACUUCUGUCUAGAUCUUCCAGUAGGGCAGUGGCUGACUGAGAAAGGUAGCCUUUCCCUCUGCAGACAAUGGGGUGCUAAGCCUGAGAUCCCAUAUCCCAGACACACAGCCAGGGACUGUUCUCCCUUCAUUAGACUGUCUCUAGAAAAGCUCAGAAGACUGACUGUAGAGGAUGAUUCUCUUCCUGCAGUUAACUUAAAAGGAAUGAAGGGCUGGGGGAGUUUGUCUGGCUGUGUGUGCGGAAAGAUGGAUCAAGGACUUCUCAUGUCAGUGAUCUCCAUUCCAUUCCUUAGUGAGCAGUGUCCAUGUGGUUGGGUGACCACUUCUAGUAUGGCUUCAGGCUGGUGCUCAUCCAUUAUUUUGUUUAGGCGAAGCCUAGCUCUUAGCAUGGAUAGUGUAUUGUGCCUUGCAUAGUCAUGGUUGACCUUGCUGAAGAAGUGUAAUGUGCCUGCUUGGAUCAUAAGUAGCUCUGUCUGUAACCCUAUAUCUUCCUAAGACACGGAAUGUCUGUGAAAUGAAAAGGAAGGCUUAGCUAUAGUAAAUACGUAUUUACUUCAUUGCCUGUCUUAUUGCACUUUCUGAAUAAGCCUCUUCUAAAAGAGACUUCUGUUAUAUUAAGGGAUAUGUGUGUGUUUUGUAUAAUGCCAUCUUGUGUUAUACUAGAACAUAGAAAAUAUUAUACUCUAUAUUGCAAGCCUCUAUUUAAAACUAUGUGCAUACCGUACACAGAGAUUAUUAGAUAGAUCUAUUUGUCUUAAGAACUGAAGACCACUCAAUUGAAUGCAGACCUGUUUUGCACUGAUGGUAUUGGUGAGGUGUUUCACCCUCUGCAUUGGUUUUAUAUGAGGCUCAUGUCCUGCUUUUGUCUUUGAUCCCCCCCUAUGCAUGUAACACAGUAGAACAGCUUCUUUUUGUAAAUGAAUAUCACUCUGCCUGUCUUUCCUCUUGCUUUGUCUCCAGGCGAGUGGAUACAGAUGGCUUCUCCCGUCCAGAGAGUCCAACGCACUUGCUUGAUAUGUGAUUUGUUCCAUGUUGCUGGCUGUUUGUUUUGUUCCCAGUUUGUUUUAUUUCCCUCUCUACUUUUCCAGAAUGAUGUACACAGUGGCGUCGUUUUGUGAGGAGCAAGUGCUCAGCUUCUCUCUGAAUGUUGCUCUGUAUGUUAAUUGCCUUGUUAAUAUGAGCCACAACACCUGCCAUUGGUUUUGUAGUAUGUAAAUGAUUACUGGCAUGGAUUUUUGCACACUGUGACUGGAUCUCUGAAUCCUCAGUCAUUACUGAAGGUCUCAUACACCUGCUGUAAAAAUGUCGCACUGCAUUUCUGAACCUGAAAUAAAGGUAAAUAUUGGCUGGGUAUUUGUUACUUUUUGGAUGUGGUAGAGAGUCUCACUUGUUUUUCAACACAAUCAUACUACUUUCCUUCAGUCUGUUUUGUCUUAUUUUGAAGAGCUCACCUUCUGGCAUUAUUGAUGGAGAUUUACCAAGGUGGUGAGUGUCAGAGUUUUGAUCAGUAGGUGGAAGCUCUAGAUAUGCUGCUCCUUGAAAGGGAAGAUGGGAGAAGAGCAAUCCAAAGGGAGAUUCCAGAAUUAACUGAGUCUGCCACAGUUGUGGGGGAAUAAGAGCACAGCAGGGUGCUAGAAACUUGGUGAAUGACUAGAAACUGGCACAUUUGCUUAAUAACUGACAUUAAAAUUAGACAUUCUGAGUGAAAUUCAUCGCUGAGCUGCAGGACAGCACGAAUAUUCACGGGCUUGCAUGGGACUGGAAUAGUGUGUCCGCUGGCUCUGUGUCUCAGGGAAUUUCAUCCUGAAGGAGUGAGUCUGUAUGUUCAGAUGCAUCAGAACAUAUCUAGGUUCCCCCCUCCAAGUUAGUACCAUCCAACUACUCAGUGCUGAGAGAAGAAGUGGUUUCUACAACAAAACAAACAGUAAAAUCAUGACAGCUCCUUAGAUCAAGAGCUCAGUUACUGAAUCACUGGCUCAGUUGGAGGCAUCACCCAGAAGCUGUACUUUAAUAGGUGCUGGAGAAACCAAAAGUGGGAUGAUUGCAGCAGCAGAGAAGAUUAAAAAUACCUGUCAGAAUUUACAGCAGUUUUGCUGUAACCCUUGUGGAUAUUUCUUAAGUGGCCUUAAUGGCUGUGAAUGUCUUUUGUACUCACACAAACAUCUCAAUAGAAAUUGUCUUCCCCCACAUGCCCUGUCUUUAAUACACUACAGAUCCCAGAGACUUCACUUCAGCACAUGCUGAAAGCACUGCAAGCUUCUCCUCAUGAUGUGCAACUCAUCUCCCCAGCGUGCUGCGAGCCAUGCAGAGAUCCAGCACGUUGCUGAUCAUUUCUGCUCAACUUUGGCAGUAGUUUAAUAAUACUUCCUUCACCCAAUUUUAACUUUCCCCCAUUACAGGUGCUUCCCUGUGAUCAAAGGAUAACGAUCUUCAUCAUUAUAGUCCCAUUCCAAUUUAUCAGAGAUUCCUCCGAAUGCACUACUUCCACCAAAAGAGCUUUGAGUGGCUUUUUUAGGGACACUCCAUCUCAAAUAUAGUACAUGUUAGAAUGCAAAGU